CUUCGACAUAGUCUGCUGAGUGAUGGUUGCAAGCCGAUCAGAGGGUGGAUAUGGGUGGAUAGUGGUUGUAUCCGUGUUUUUCAUCUACGUCAUCCAUGUAGGGAUACAAGGGAUAACUGGAAUAAUCCACACUGAACUGGUCAAGUCGACGUCUGCUGACCUGGCGGUGAUUGGAUGGAUCGGUUCUUUGAUGAUCGGACUCUGUACUCUCUCAGCACCACUUGUAUCUAUCCUUACGCAGUUGGUGUCCUGUAGAAUACUGGUUAUCAUCGGAAAUCUAUUAAUCAGUUUGGGGUUCUUGUGCGCAGCGUUUACUUCGUCAAUUCCGGUAUUGAUUGUGUGUCUCGGAGUUCUUACUGGAUUUGGUAUGAAUUUAGCUGAAUUCUCUUCCACGAUCGUACUCAAAGGAUAUUUUGUUCAGAAGUUUCCUCUUGCUAUGGGAAUUUGCCUUUCUGGUUGUGGUGUCGGUAUGAUAGCGUUCCCGCCAUUUUUUGUUUACCUGCACGCAAUCUUUGGAAUGAAGGGAGCCUUUCUUCUGUGCUCGGCCAUUUCCUUAAAUUGCGUCGCAAUUUCCUUUCUACUCAGACCUAGCACAUUUCAUUUGCAAAAAAAGUCAUCGGAAAAGAAAUGUUCCAUAACUGAUCUGUUUGACUUUAACCUUUUCAAAUCGCAUAACUUUGUUUUGUUCGUGACUGCACACCUUUUAUUCAACAUUGGUUACGCCGUUCCUUUCACUUACUUGCCAUUCAAAGGGGAGGAGGAGGGCUUUUCCGAACAGUCAUCUGCUCUUUUCAUAACAUCCCUUGGAGCCGGAAGUUCAAUAGCAAGAAUAACAUUUGGAUGGUUCUCGGCGAGGUUUCCACGUGUUCGUACCAGAGCAUAUCUUGGUGCUGUUUUCAUGGCUACUCUGUCCACGCUUCCAGUUGCUCUAUCAUCGUCUUAUCCAUUAAUAUUGGUCUGUUCGGUGGUGCUUGGUGCAAGCUCAGGAAUCACCCACACAGAGAUCCCUACGUUACUUGUGGGAAUGUUGGGAGUGGAUCGGUUGCCUAGUAGUUUAUCUAUAGCCGCUCUUCAACAAGGAAUCGGAGCCUUAAUUGGAAUCCCAAUAACAGAAAUGAUAUGUCGAACUGCUGGGAACAACAACAUUGCAUUUUUCUUCACCUCAGGUGUUUAUGGAGUUGCUCUCGUUCUUAUUGCUCUAUCCUUCUACUUACCUGAGAGAGAUUUAUCCAGCUCAUCUGUACAAACAGCAACGCAGAAGUUUGAUCCGAAAAUGGAUGUUCCUAACCCGGAAGUCUUUGUGGUCGAAUUACUGGAACCGGAAGUCACCGGUCCCGCAGCAGCUUAAAGAGAAUGAGACAUUCACAAGCAUUUUUUGAAUCCAAUAAUCAUCUAUAUUAUUUUCAUUUAUAAAUUAUAUCAUUGUCUUCAACCGUAACACUGACAUAUUUUAGAAAUUUAUGCACUUAAAAUUAAAUUCAUUAAGAAAUUUU